AUGUGUUCUUGUCUUUACUUUGCCGUUGCUGACAUAGCGAAUAGUGUUCUCCAAGAGCUGAGAGCUUUUCAGGCGUCCCAGGAGGAGGCGGAGACCUCUACCUCGCGUAUUGACAACGGAAUGCUCUAUAUAACAACUAGACCGACAUUACCAUCGAGCAGCAGCGACUCUCCCCCUGCCGUAUCUUCCACGAGCGUAAAAAUGGCAGUUUUUGGUAGCUCUAGUGGCACUUCUGCACUAGGCCAUUCCCCAGAUUCGGCCAAACCAAGGACAGCCUCGUUCUGCCCCAGCAUAGACCAGGACCUCUCCGGCGUAGAAGACAAUGCAACCCUAGUUGAUUAUGCGAUGGAACACGAGCGAUCAUGUGCAGUGGAAAACGAUACCGCUGUGCAGACUGACUCGCCGUCUAUCCCUCUAUCUUGGUCUCUACCUCUGUCUCCACCUGACAACGUAACGCUUUCCAAAGAGCUUUUAAUGUCAGAGAUGAGGGAGUACGUGGCAUACCAUUAUCAACGAUAUCCCCUCUGGCACCCUACCAUGUUCAUCGAGCAAGUUGAUGGGGGCGAGCAUGAUGCUUCAAUCGACUUCCGCCUAUCAUGCUAUUCAAUGAUCAUCAUUAAUGAAGCAGCAAGGUUUCGCCAGACCCCUCAGCGUGGCACAGGACGCCUUUUGGAGCUGCUGCAACAGAUACAAUCGCAGCGCACCAGCUACCUGGCGCAGAAUCCCUCUUGUGAGGCCGUUACUCAGUCGUUCGCCAUGUUUGUGGCUUACAGCGUCUGUGACGAACAUAAGCUGGCCUUCUACUAUCUUAAUGAAGCAUGCGGUCUUCUGCGUCUGAUAGAUCCAACAACUUUAAUGCCGGUCGCACGGGCUUUGUAUUGGAGGAUCUCAGCGGUGCUUUUUGUAACAGAGCUGGCCUCGUUGGCUGUCUACGGCAACCCUCGAGUCAAAGGAACCAUGGCGUACUGUAAAGAAUUGGCGGAGAAUAAGGACCUCAUGGACUGGCAUAUCAACGAAGAGGCGAUUCCAGAUCCAUGGUUUCUACAUCUGCCCCUUCAACGUCGUUUCCAAGCCCUAGACAAUAAAGCUGUAAGGAUGCUGCAUGCUCUUGUUCUCCUCUAUGGUGCAGAAAGAACCGACCAGAUCUUGGAGGUCUCCGUACCCAGAACUAACAUCCUCGCCAUUAUCGAGAGCGCGGUGCCAAAGCCAGAUACCAGCAUGCAAGAAGCAGAUGUCAACCUUACCCAGCAAUGGCUCCUCAGCCAGCAUUGGGAGAAGAAGUGCGCUGCCUCAUCAGCAGCGCAGCGGCAGCAGAAAGUGAAACCUCGACAUGAUGCCCAGGCAGCAUGGCUGUUGCAGAGUAUAGGAUUAUCCAGCCUGCAGCACAUCAGGGCUGUUGACCCUGGCCAACAAAGGAUAAUAGGUCACGGGAAAUUGGCAAAACUCAGCACGUCAAUCUUCAACAUCGCAUCGACACUGGACGUCCUGGCGCAGUGCAAAGAUAUAAUCUCGGAAUUAAUACGGGUAGUAUACGACUUAGACUAUGAGACUCUUUUCACGCCAGAACUGGCUGUGAUACAGAUUGUAAUCUCUGGGGUACCGCAGCAGUUCAGUCUACCGUUCAACGAGGUGAGCGAGUUGCACCAUGAGGGUGUAGGAUCGACAUGGGAGGAUUCGGAGGAGCAGGGAACAUCGGCGGAAUAA